AACAGACGUAGGUUAAUUUGAGGUAGAUUAGAAUUUUUAGUACUGAAUUUGAAUUCUAAACAGAUCAACCGUCUAUGGCUCUAUGUAGUGAUGCUAGUGGUUGGGCUAAGGCUUCACUAGUAUGUCUUAUAAUAGGAUUAUUUAUGCACGUAGCUGGUUGGGCAACACUGGAAUGGAUGGUCUACAGUACAACCAAUGACGUGUUGUCAUAUCGGAUUGGGUUAUGGCAAAUGACAUCAUGUAAUUCGGGAUCAUGUGAAACCAUCACUACCCCAGAUACAUUUGUAACUGGUCUAUUUCAAGGAGUACGAGCUAUGGAGACUAUGGUAUUUAUAGCAGCUCUAUUUACCACUAUUCUCUCAGGAGUUUAUGUUCUGUUUGAAUCAGCUAGAACCAGAAAUCUGGCCAUUGCUCUGAUGUCUCUUUGUGUUUUAACUGCUGUGUUUUCAUUUAUUGGAAUGAUACUGUUUUUGGCAUACUUUCCUGAACCGUAUGUUGUGUCUUAUUCUAUGGGACUGACAGUAUUGGCCAUGCUGUUGAUUUUAAUUGCUGGUGCGUUCAUGAUACCGGACGUUACGGACGUUAAAAGACACGACCCAUUACCAGAUGAACAAUAACUGUUGUGUUCCAUUUCAACUGUGACAGAAUCUAAUAUAUAUAAGGUUUUGGUAUGGAAGUUUUGCGAACAUUUGCAAGUAAAGACAUAUUAACCAAACCACACGAGUUGGAUCAUUUUUUUAAUAUUCUUUAAUAAAGGUUUUGAAGCAUGUGUAAACGAGUUGGACCAAUGAAUGUUUGAAUGUUGAUGGCUUUUGAAGAAAACAUAGCAAUUAAUUGAUUAAAUACUCAGAUUAAAAUU